GAGGGGAGGCCUGCAGAAGGGAGGGGAACAAGGCUGGAGACAAAACCAGCAACGGGCCAUCCGGGAAUGUUCGGAAAGCGGGUCUGCUGAGCCCUGACUAGACCCCACUCCUCCCAUCCUCGAUGCAACCUGUCGCUGCUCUCGACAGUCCCUAUGCAGCUGGCUUGUCGUUCAGGCUGUCCCUUAUGUUCACGCCCCCCCACCCAGUGGCAGCACCUUCCAGGAAGCAACGAUUCAAGGGCCGGCCGUUCAGUAACACCAGUUCGGCAGCUGGAGAGGGAGAUCCACCUUCGAAUCCAAGCUCGAAACGGGACGACGCUGCUAGAGGUGGGGACGUCGUAGAGUGGCUGGAGGGGCACGUGGUCGGGAACGGAUUGCCCUGGCUGUGGGUGCCACGUGGUGGCCAGGGGCCAGCCAAAGCGGAAAUCGUCGAUCCGGACAGCGCAAGAAGGGGCGGGCUGGCGAGCAAGCCUUUUGAAGGGAGGCUCGAUGGAGCUGGGAAGAACGUGAGCGGGAAAGGAGGGGGACGGACAGUGGCUUUCGGCACGAUGUUGAGAAGGUGGGCAAGUGGCGCGCCUCAUUUCGGGCCCAGCCCGCCUGCUGCAACGGCAGGCCACCGGGGUUCGGGGCUGGGCUUGCACACCACUGUGGCUAUAUGGGCUGGGAAACCGUAA